GAGAAAAAAAAAAGGAAAGAGGGAAAUGGGGUAAUGAUGGGUUAUCCCAUUAAACCUGGGAAAACAUUGACUCCAGUAUAAGCCGAGAUACCAAUAAAAUUACAUUAAUUGAGGCAUCAGUAGUUUAAAUGUUUUUGAAUCUUUACAUCAAACUGUAAUUUAAGAUAUGACUGUUCAACUCUGAUUAAAUCAUUAUUUUCAUCUUCUUCAAUGCAAAUGUGCUUAUGUAUCCUUUUAAUAAUAAUAGAGUGAAAUAAUAAAUGUAUUAAUAAUAAAAAUAGAGUAAAAUAAAUGUAAAAGUAACAACAAUAAUAGAGUAAAAUGAUAAAUGUAAUAAUAAUAAUUAAUAGAGUAAAAUAAUAAAUGUAACAAUACCAAUAAUAAUAAAGAAAAAUAAUAAAUAUACCAUAUAUACUUGAGUAUAAGCCAACCUGAAUAUAAGCCCACCAGGACCCUCAUCCAAGCUGAGGAGGUUUUUUUUUUUCAGUCCUAAAAAAGGGCUGAAAAAAUAGGCUUAUACUCGAGUAGUACAUACAGUAAUUGCACCCUUCAACGGAUGCAUAGUUUGCCAUAUCCAAAGGGUUUUGCAUGAGUGAUUAGUGUCAUCUUUCUCAUUCAGAACAACAGGACAAGUAAGACUAAGCCAUGUCAGGGAACAGAGGAGGCUUUUCAUAAGCAUCCUUAGCAGUUUCAGGAAUAGCUUAUGGAGACUACUGUAUUUUUCGAGUUUAAUGCGUCAUCAACUCUAAUGUGCACUUUAGUUUUCAAAACCCUGAAACCAAGACAAGUAUUUCCUGACAAAUAUAAUGCACAGUGAUAAAAAGUACUCUCUUUGUCAUUUGGCCAUUACAGUUGUUGCCUGUUUAGAAUUCCAAGUGUUAGAACACCAAACCUUCCAGCAACAAAAAAGAAAACCUUGAGAUGAAUCUAUGCUAUAGAAUGAAUCAUUUUAAUUGCCCCGGCUCAAUCCUAUGGAGUCAUGGGGGCAGUAGUUUGACAAGGUCUUGGACCUUCUCUGCCUAACAAUGAUGAUGCCUCACCAAACUACAAAUCCCAGAAUUGCAUAGCAUUGAGUCAAGGCAAUUAAAUUAGAGAUGAGAGAAGCUCCAGGUGCAUCUCCUGAAGCAGCUUUCCCUUUGGCUUGAGCUCAGCACUAAGAUUACUGUAUGACACAAAUUUAAUGUGCACCCUAGGUUUGGAGAGGUCAUUUAGCCAAAAAGGGGAAGAUUUUUGAGAAAUUAAGGAUCUGCACCCAACUUCAGUUCAUCAGAUUUCUGUUGAAUUCAGUACCAGUAGGGAAGGAGUCAAAGCUCUUCAUUGAGGAUUCAAGGUUUGAGCAUGUACCAAUAAGGAUUUACCAUCCAAAAACUCCAUCUAGUGAGCUAAGAAGAGGAUUUCUCUACAUGCAUGGUGGAUGUGCAGUGGUUGGAAGCAAAAGAACCUACGAGCUUUUAUGCCGCUUCCUUGCGCGAGAAAGUGAUUCAGUGGUUGUGUUUUUAGACUUUCGGUUAGCUCCUGAGCACCAGCAUCCAGCCCAGCUAACAGACUGCCUCACUGGAACUCUAUAUUUUAUGAACCAUGCAAAAAACUAUGGAGUAGAUCCUAACCGCAUUAUCCUUAUUGGGGAAAGCAGUGGAGGGACACUUGUUUCAACCAUCUGUCGGGAACUGGUGAAAAAAAUGCAUGUUCCAAAGGUUCGAGCUCAAAUCCUAUUGUACCCAUUCCUUCAAAUACUGGACCUGUCAUUGCCAGCUCAUCAGCAAAACCAAUUUGGCCCUGCUUUGACCAUGAGACGCGCUGCAAAGCUUGCUUUUACCUUUCUGGAUGAGAAGUUGGACAAUGUAGACGAUAUGUUGAACAAUGCCCAUAUUCCUGAGAUUAUGAGGAUGCAAUUCAAGAAAUGGAUUAGUGCAGACCUCAUCCCGGAAAAAUUUAAAGCCCGUGGAUACAAACCCCCACCUCCUGUUCCCUUUUCAAAAGAAUUAUAUGAAAAAGUCAGACUGUAUGACAAAACAAUGAGCUCACCAAUUCAAGAUGUGGAUGCCAUUAUACAACAGCUCCCUGAGACAUACAUUUUGACUUGUGAGUAUGACAUAUUUCGAGAUGAUGGGCUGCUAUACAAGAAACGGCUAGAGGACAACGGCGUGCGUGUGACCUGGAACCAUCUUGAAGAUGGAUUCCAUGGAGUUGCAUUAUUUAUUGACACUGGGAUUACUGAAUUUGCAUGCACAAGAUCAGCAUUUGAAGACUUACUUCAGUUUAUUAAAAAGUUGUAAAUGGGAAGAGGUGAGAGUUCUGAAUUGUUCAGGUUGUUUCUGCAUGUGUCAUGGGAUUGGGUGCCCUACAUUCCUAAGAAGCACCAGUAACUAUUGUAUUUUGUGAAUGUCUUUAUUAGUGCAUUUCUACCAUUGUGAUACGUAGACACAGUGACAAUGAGACGGACAAGACUACAUAUUAUAUGACAACCAAACAGAAGUUGUGCCGACCCAAGUGACAUAUAAAGUAAAAAUAAAAAUACAAAUAAAAAUAAAAACUAAAUAAAAUAACUAAAAUAAAAGGAAAGGGGAAGGGAGAGGGGAGGGGAUAGUAAUAUUAUAAAAAUAAAAUAAUAAUAAUAAAAAUGAUAAUGAUAAUCAGAAGAGAGAGAAAAGA